CAAAACUAAGCUGGGACUGGCACAAGAAGCUUAGCCAUUUGAAUUUCAAAACAAUCAACAAACUCGCAAGAGAACACAUUGUUGAUGGACUGCCAGACAUAGUAUACAAGAAAGAGACCCUUUGUCGUGCAUGCUAGAAGGGAAAACAACAGAAGAACUCUUUCAAACCCAUUGCUGGAGAUCUUUCCACAAGUCCUUUAAAUUUUAUCCACAUGGAUUUAUUUGGACCAGUUGAGACUCCAAGUGUUGGUGGAAAGAAAUAUACAUUAGUCAUGGUUGAUGACUAUUCUAGAUAUACAUGGGCAAUCUUCUUGUCAAAGAAAAAUGAAACUCUUCAGAAGUUUCCCUCUCUGUUAAAACAACUUCAGACUGAGAAGAAUAUGAAAGUCAGGACAAUCAGAUCUGACAGAGGAACUUCUGUGAUCAAAAUGCAAUCUUUCAUCAACUCUUUGACGAAAGUGAGAGUAAUAAAAAGAAAUCAGCAGCAGCUUUGCUUCUUUGAAACCUCCUUCCACCGCAUCAACAAAAUUCUGACCGGUAGCAAAGCAACCUCGACCUCAGCUGCCGAUUACACAGGCCUCCGCCGAAAUUCGACCGUGAGCUCGACGCAACCGCACCACUGCAGCUUCGGAUGAACCGUGCUCCUUCACGAACACAAGAAUAUCAGCGCCAAUGGAGCUCCUUCUUCUUGCCAAGUCUGCACAAGCGGCAUCUUCUUUCUCUCUGGUGAAGGUGGCUUUCCGAUCUGCAUGCGGAACCUACUCCCACGAUUUGGACGGCGAGCUCGUUCCCUCCUUGACGCAGGUGAAAUCAAAUCCGAAGAAUCCAUCUUUUGCUUCUCUUCUUCUCGGUGAACAUUUUGACAUAAACCAACAAUGAGGACGGAGUGGCAGCAACAGGAUGAUGGCCUCUGCAAGGUUUCGAAAUAAAACAACAGAUACGACGACGGUUUAUUUUGAAUUUAGAAUGUUGACGUUCUUCUUCUUCCAUUCGGCGAGUAAUAUUGGCAAAGCUAUACCUGCACCAAGGAAAAGAAAGAAAGAAAAGAAGAUGCAAUAAUAAGUCUUACUGCUAUGUUUACCUUGAAUUUUUUUUCUCUGUUCCAAAUAUCUCUGGAUCGAUUAUGCCUGCUGUGUAAACUCAAUAUUGUACAAGUAAUUUUCUGGCGAGUUCUAUUUAUAAAGUAUUGAGAAGGUUCCAGUUUCAAUACAAUGCAAGUACGAAGAAGAAUUACCCCAAGUAUGAGUUUGAUAUGUAUAAAAAUUCCA